AUGCAAUUAUCAGUGCUCUUCAUUGCAUUUCUCCAUCAACUGGUUGUCGUAUCAGACGGAAAAGUGACAGCAGAACAAUUGGAUAAAAAGCUUGGCGCCGGAAUGAAGCACGUCUCCUGUCAGAUGAGGAUCACCGGAUUUUAUAUGAAAAGGCACUGUAAAAAGCAUUUCAACACAACACUUCGAUGUGAUUUAAAUGAGCACGAACGAAGGACAGUGAAAAAAGUUGCAAAGCUUUGCUGUGAAGAUGCUCCAAGCUGUGAGCCAACGGAAUUAUUUGAUGAAUUUUGCUGCCAGGGAGAUCAUUGUGAAGACACUGAAUGCCACCCGUGGGAUGACUCUGUGGAAGAAAUUCAACUUGCUAACCUUGUUUUCUCAUCAGAUGAAGUGUUCAAUAGCAUUCAGGAGAGGAUAAUUGAACAGAUGAAAAUUGGAAAUCGUCCUGAUUAUUUUCCAGAAGUAUUAACAGUUUAUUAUAAUAAUCCAGAAUUAAUUUAUGAAAAUGAGCCAUCAUUGCGACGAUACUUUAAAGCUCAUCGGCUACAGGCCGCCCAUAUUGCAAAAUCAUUUGGAAUAAUUCAACGACAUGAUAAUCAAAUCAAAUUUUAAACUUGCUCAUAUGUAUUUUUUUUUUCUCCAUACUUUUCCCCCGUUUUGUCCAAUUUUCUUCCUUUUUUCCUUCAUUUUGUUGCAUUCCUUCUACCUCUCUCUAUCUCUAUACCGUAUUUCGUGUAUUAUAAUUAAUGUAAUUAAUGUUAGUGUGUUCACAUUUCGAAUGAGAUCUCCCCAGUUUUUUUGAAUCAUAAAUUAUUUAUUAUUAUCAUUAACACCUCACAAACUCCUCAUAAUUUUAAUUUAAAAAAAUAAAAAAAACUAAAAUAAAUCAGUUUGAAUUUAGAAA